GUGCAGGAUGUUCAGAGGUUGAGAUUGAUACAUUAACGGGUGACCAUACAAUCUUAAGGACAGAUAUAUGUAUGGAUAUUGGUAGAAGUUUAAAUUAUGCAUUAGAUGUUGGACAAAUUGAAGGAGGUUUUAUGCAAGGUGUUGGAUGGCAUACUCUUGAAGAAAGUUCACAUUUUCCAAAUGGUGCAAAAGUAUCUAAUUUAAAUUCAAUUCAUGGCAGUAAAGGAAUUGGUGAACCACCAUUGCUUUUAGGAAUUUUAAGGUCACCCGCAACACCCGAAAGAAUUCGAAUUGCUUGUGAUGAUGAAAUUGUGAGGAAUUGUAAGGUUGAGAAAAAAGACGGAGAACUUCCAUGG